CAAACCUCAAUACAUAAUAGCAACCAACCACCAUAUUGCACAAAUUAUUUAUUGUCGCUAUUACAUUUCAUGUAUAUAUCAACCUAUCUCUACCUGCAAAACCAACCAAGUUGCAAAAAUUUCCAACAUCGGAGACUGCGUCAAUAAAUAUUACAAUAAGUCCCAAUUUACACAUCAGAAAUUCUUUCAGCUCCACCCAGUCUCCGUUUAACGGUUCAGAAAAAAAUGGCGAGGAAGAAGAUCAGGGAGUACGAUUCCAAGAGAUUGUUGAAGGAGCAUUUCAAGAGAAUGUCUGGGUCUGAGUUGGAAAUCAAAUCUGCUCAAGUAACUGAGUCUACUAAUUUCGAGGAGCUAGUGGAUAAGGAAGUAUGGAUAUCGUCAACAAAGCUAGUUGUGAAGCCAGAUAUGCUAUUCGGGAAGCGUGGGAAAAGUGGUCUGGUUGCUUUGAACCUAGAUUUGGCUGGAGUUGCUUCGUUUGUCAAAGAUCGACUUGGCAAAGAGGUGGAAAUGGGGGGAUGCAAAGGACCUAUUACGACCUUUAUAGUCGAACCAUUUGUUCCACACGAUGAGGAAUAUUAUCUCAACAUUGUUUCCGAGAGGCUAGGUUGUAGCAUUAGCUUCUCGGAAUGCGGAGGAAUUGAAAUUGAAGAGAACUGGGACAAGGUGAAAACUGUAUUUGUCCCUACAGGUGCAUCUUUGACAUCUGAGCUAUGUGCUCCACUUGUGGCAACGCUUCCCUUGGAGGUUGGAGAUCUUGGGUAUGCAUCCGAGCUUGGUAACUAUGCAGAGUACAGUGGUGCACCUAAUGAAGAGGAGGUCCUGCAAUAUGCCCGAGUUGUUAUUGAUUGUGCAACAGCGGAUCCUGAUGGCCGAAAACGUGCCCUCGUGAUUGGUGGUGGGAUAGCAAACUUUACGGAUGUUGCCGCCACAUUCAGUGGCAUCAUUCGAGCUUUAAGAGAAAAGGAGGCGAAGCUCAAGGCCGCUAGAAUGCAUCUAUAUGUUCGAAGAGGAGGUCCAAAUUACCAAAAGGGUCUCGAGAAAAUGAGAAGUCUGGCUGAUGAAAUCGGCAUCCCUAUUGAGGUAUAUGGACCUGAGGCAACCAUGACUGGAAUCUGCAAACAGGCAAUUGAGUGCAUUAGUGCUGCAGCUUGA